AUGGAUCCCUCUUUUACUUUCUCUGAUUCUAUCUUUCUCUCUCUCUCUCUCUCUCUCUCUAUCUAUCUAUCUAUCUAUCUAUCUAUCUAUCUAUCUUUUUAUCGUCGUCACUCUCUUUUUCUUCCUGUCUCUUUAUCUCACAAUCUCUCUUUCUCUUAUUCUCGUGUACUCUCUUACCCCUCUUCCUAUCUGAUUCUAUUUCUCUCUCUCCUUUUCGCAUUCUUUUACUUUCACCGGUUUUAUCUUUCUUUUCUGUCAUUCUCUCUCUCUCUCUCUCUAGUCCUCUCUCUCUUUCUCUCAUACUCUUUCAAUCUAGUUUUAUCUAACUCUCUUUAUUUCUCUCUCUUUCCGCAAUUCCCUUUCAUUCAAUCUUUCUAUAGCCGUUUCUUUCUUUCUCUUUCUUUUUCUCUUUCUUUCUUUAUUUCUUUGUCUCAUUUUAUCAAUCUUACUUUCUCUCUCUGCUUUUCUUUAUCUCAUUCUUUCAUAUACUUGUAUAUAGCUAGCCCUCUCUCUCCUUCUCUAGUCGUCUCUCUCUUUAUCCCUUCUUUUUCUCUCCCUCUAUUUCUCUUUCUCUCUUUCUUUCAUUCUCUUUCUAUUUUCCUCGUCAACCCUCUCUCUGCCUCAUUCUCUCAUAUACUUGCUAUUUCUCUAUCAUACCCUUACUCUCUCUCUCUCUCUCUCUCUCUCUCUCUCUCUCUCUCUCUCUCUCUCUCUCAUAUACUUAAUAUUUCUCUAUUCCUCUCUGACCUCCUUUUCUUUGUUUCUAAACCUUUUUUCUCUCGUUCUCUUUUGCUCUCAUCCUCUUUCUAUUUUCCUAGUCAUCUGCUCUCUCUCUCUCUCUCUUCCCCUCUCUCUCAUUCAUAUAUUUCUAUUUCUCUAGCCCCCUCUCUCUCUAGUUGUCUUUCUCUCUUUAACCCUUCUUUUUUUCUCAAUCACACUUUGUCUCUCUUUCUGUUUCUUUCCCUCUAUCUUUUGCUUUCUCUCUUUCUCACAUUCUCUUUCUCUCAAACUCUUUCUAUGCUUCCGUUCCCCCUCUCUUUAUUCCUUCUUUUUCUUCUUCUCUCUUUAUUUCUCUCUCUUUCUCGUAUUCUUUUUCUAUUUUCUAGUCACCCUCUCUCUUUCAGUUUCAUAUACUUUCUAUUCUAUAGUCCUAUCUCUCUUUCUCUAGUCGUCUCUUUCUUUCUAUCUUUUCUUUCUCUUCUUCUCUCAUUCUCUCCCUCUCUCCCUCUCUCUCUUUCUCUCUUUCUCUCAUGCUCUUUCUAUUUUCUAGUCGUCCCGUCUUCAUCUCCUUCUCUCUCUUUAGCCCUUCUUUUUAUUUCUCUCUCUCUCUCUCUCUCUCUCUCUCUCUCUUUAUUAUUCUUUCCCUCUGUCUUUCUCUUUCUCUUUUUCUCUCGUUCUAUUUCUAUUCUCUCUUUCCUUCUAAUGUUCUCUUUCUUUUCCUCUCGCUUUCUCUUUCUCUCUUUCUUUCAUUCUCUUCCUCUCUCUCUUUCCUUCUCUAGUUGUCUCUCUCUCUUUUUAUCCCCCUCUCUCUCUUUGUCCCUCUCUCUUUGUCCCCCUCUCUCUCUCGCACGCGCGCUCUCUUUCUCUCUCUCUCAUUAUUUCCCUUUCUUUUUAUCUCUCACUUUUCUUCUCUCUUUCGCUUUUCUUUUCACCUUCUUCUUUUUCUCUCUCUCUCUAUUCAUGCCACACUAUCCAUCCUCUUACCUCUCUUCUUCACACUCACAACCACUUUCUCCUUAUUUAUUCCUAAUCCUCCCAUUCUUUCUCUCCCUCUCUCAUUUGACAAUCUCGACCUCAUUCCCUGUCUCUUAUUUCGGCUCUCAUUCUCUCUCUCUCUCUUUCUCUCUCUCUCUCUUUCUCUCUCUCUCUAUCUAUCUAUCUACCUUCCUUCCUUGA